AUGGGUCACGAAGAUGCCGUUUACCUCGCCAAGCUCGCCGAGCAGGCUGAGCGCUACGAAGAAAUGGUUGAGAACAUGAAGGUGGUCGCCUCCGCCGAUGUAGAGCUCACCGUUGAAGAGCGGAAUCUCCUGUCUGUUGCCUACAAGAACGUCAUCGGUGCCCGUCGUGCAUCCUGGAGAAUCGUUACUUCCAUCGAACAAAAAGAAGAGUCCAAGGGCAACGAGUCCCAGGUUUCCCUCAUCAAGGAGUACCGUCAGAAGAUCGAGGCCGAGCUGGCCAAGAUCUGCGAUGACAUCCUUGAGGUUCUCGACAAGCACCUCAUCCCCUCUGCCCAGAGCGGCGAGUCUAAGGUCUUCUACCACAAGAUGAAGGGUGACUACCACCGUUACCUUGCUGAGUUCGCCGUUGGCGACCGCCGCAAGGGUGCCGCCGAUGCUUCCCUUGAGGCCUACAAGAGCGCCACCGAAGUUGCUCAGACCGACCUUGCCCCCACCCACCCCAUCCGUCUCGGCCUCGCCCUGAACUUCUCCGUCUUCUACUACGAGAUCCUCAACUCCCCCGACCAGGCUUGCCACCUGGCCAAGCUCGCCUUUGAUGAUGCUAUUGCCGAGCUUGACACCCUCAGCGAGGAGAGCUACAAGGACUCCACCCUGAUUAUGCAGCUUCUUAGAGACAACCUGACGCUCUGGACCUCAUCCGAGGCUGAGCCCGCCGCUGAGCCGAGCGCCCCCGCCGAUAAGAAGGACGAGGCCCCGGCUGAGGGCGAGAAGCCCGCUGAGUAA